UUGAGGGGCGUUAGAUCGCCGUCCCUCCGGGGAGGUGGGGUUUCUCCCUGGUCUUCUCUCCACCCAGGUCCCAUGCCAUCCCCACCCCGGCCUCCGCUCUUCCCAGUGCAGUGAGGCCGGGCUUCCUGGGCUGCGGGAGGGAACUGUGCUGGAGGAGACUUGGAGGCGCCCUCAGGAGCGGGGGUCCCUUUUCUGAGAGUCAGAUCCUCAGCCCACGCCUUUCCAGUGAGCUUCACGCGGCUUCAGAGCAUCCCCUCCCAAGAUAGGUACCAAGUCAGCCAAGGAGCACUCUGCCCACUAAGUCCUUCCUCGGAGCCAUCCCCAUCCCGCCCCAGAGCUCUGACCCUCCUGGGCUUCCACCCAUAUCAGACAGGCUGCAGAUUCAGGACUGGGGAAGGAAGGAAGUCGGAUGGACUUGUGAUGGGAUUUAACAAACUCUUCGGGGACCUUGAUUCUCAGGAAGAAAUGACAGUGACCCAACACGGAUGAGGGACCUGGUCGGGCAGCACAGAAGGAGGGAAAUUAUACCAACAUAAAGAUCACUGACUUGUGUGAACCUGUCUUAUCAGGCUGGGACAGGAUAUGAGGUGGAGGGAAUCAAGUGGCCACCGAGUGCUCUAUCAAAAAAGAUGCUAUCUCAGCAUUGGUCUGUGUUGGUUUUCCACUGACCCUAUGACUGAAGACAUCCUUGACUUCCAUCUAGUUCAUCCAAUGUUACAUCAUCAGGUUAACAGAUAUGGACAUCUCCACCAGGAUUUGGAGAAUAGUUUCAGUGGGCACUAAAAAUCUGGACUAGAUUUGUUAACAAAGGUAGAUGGAGUUUAAGGCAAUUGCCCAACAAACUGCUGAAGAAAUUUUAGCUUACAGUCAAGAUAUAUCUGGCUGGAAAGUUGUUAAAUCUUCAAAAAGCAUAAUUGUUUCCAAGAAGACUUCUAAAUUAUUCCUCGGAAAUCUAUAUCGCAUUGAAGGAAUCAUUCCAGUAUCAACAGCUAAGCUCUCCAAUUUCCUCUACCAACCUGAAAGCAGAAUUAAGUGGGAUAAAUUAUUGAAAGCAUACAAUGUAUUACACAAGAUUGAUUCGGACACAUUUAUAUGUCAUACCAUUACGAAUAGUUUUGCCAUGGGCUCCAUUUCCCCUAGAGACUUUAUCGACGUAAUAUACAUCAAACACUAUGAAGGGAAUGUUGACAUUAUCUGUGCUCACAGUGUGGACUUCCCAGGAUAUCCUCCGACUUCAUAUUAUGUCCGUGGCUAUAACUACCCUUCUGGCUAUGUAUGUUCACCUCUCAAAGAAAACCCAGCAUAUUCCAAGCUCGUGGUAUUUGUCCAGAUAGACAUGAGAGGGAAAUGGCUUACAUCGAUAAUUGAGAAAAUUAUGCCAUCCAACUUAGUGAGCUUCUUCCUCAAUGCAAAAGAUGGCAUAAAGGCGUAUGAAACUCCAUCAGCACGGAGACGUCACAGUAGGCACCCAUCAGUACACAAAAAGAAAUAAAGCAAUUCUGCCAUUAAACAUAGAGAUUGCAGACCGUACAAACUGCUAGUAAGUGUAGUUUGUCCCUGCUGAUUACUUCUAAGUCAAUAUGUGUAAAUCUAUUAUAUGUCUGUAGACAUUAUCCUUGUACCGAGGACUUGAAUGUUUUGUCAAAAUAAGAACUUCAUUUUACAAAACUCCAUUAGAUAUAGCUUUUAAUCUCACAUGACAUGAAAUAAUGUGCUAUUAAUACACUUUGCCUACCUGAAUAUGCUUCACAUUCAGAUUAUAAACAAGCAGAUAUAGUCAGCAGUUGACAGUAAUUAGAAGUUCAUUAAGUAUUCAUCUAGGGAUGGUGGCAAGCACCUGUAAUCCCGACACUGGAGGGACUGAGAUGGGACCAGCACAUGAGAGCAGCCUGAGCUACACAGAAAGACCCUAUCUCAAAAAUAAAUAAAAAGUGUAUUUUAAAUUACCUUUCCUGCCGGGCGGUGGUGGCGCACGCCUUUAAUCCCAGCACUCGGGAGGCAGAGCCAGGCGGAUCUCUGUGAGUUCGAGGCCAGCCUGGUCUCCAAAGCGAGUUCCAGGAAAGGCGCAAAGCUACACAGAGAAACCCUGUCUCGAAAAAAACCAAAAAAAAAAAACCAAAAAAAAAAAAAAAAAAAUUACCUUUCCCUCAUUUACUACUUGAAUUGAGAGUUACGGAAACUUGAACAUAAGAACUGAACACUAGGGAACUCAGAGUGCAUCUAAGGAUAGAAUAAUAGCCUACCAUAUAACGACCUUGGAUUCCAUCUUUCACACCAGAAACUGUGGUGAUAUUGUGAACCCCAAUAUAUUGUGCACCCUAAUAAACUUUUCUGGGGUCAGAGAACAGAACAGCCACUAAAUAGACAUAGAGGCCAGAAAAUGGUGGCACACACACCUUUAAUCCUAGCAUUCUGGAGGCAGAGAUCCAUCUGGAUCUCUGUGAGUUCAAAGCCACACUGGAAACAGCCAGGCAUGGUGACACACACCUUUAAUCCCAGGAAGUGACUGCAGGAAGCAGGAAGGUAUAUAAGGUUUGAAGACCAGGAACUAGGGCUCUUUUAAGGUUUUAGGCUUUUAGCAGCAGUUCAGCUGAGAUCCAUUCCAGGGAGGAGUCAGAGGCUUUCAGUCUGAGGAAACAGGAUCAGCUGAGGAACUGUCGAGGUGAGGUUGGAUGUGGCUUGUUCUGUCUCUCUGAUCUUUCAACUUUCACCCCAAUACCUGGCUCCGGGUUUGUUUUUAUUAAUAAGACCUUUUAAGAUUCGUGCAACAAGAAACCAGUAACACUCUAUUUCCACUUGGGGAUCAACAAGGUUGAGAGUCACAAAGCUGGUCUCAUUCUGUUUCCAUUUCCUUCAUCUAUGGUGUCAUCAGUGGCACCUGGAGAGACGAGCUCAUGCCCCCACUGCAAAAGCAACAUACAUAUGUAAAUCAUUGUCCACUUCCACCAAGAAGGUAUCAGCAGGGGCGGAAAUGGCAUCGAACUGUGACAUGCCUCUGCCAUGAGAUUCAGUCAAUGCUCUUCUUUCUCCAGGGUAGAAAUAAACACUACCCAGCUCCUGUGCUAAUAACACCUAGCGGUGAAUCUGCGUUCUUUAAGGACCAUUCUAACAAAGAACUCUCACCUAAAAUAAACAGGGAGCUUUCAAAAUGUGUAGUAUAAAAGCAAUCCAGUUGAAAAGUAGCCAAAGGCAAUGGCCCUGAGAAAGAUACGUGAUUGAAAAACAAACUCAAAAGAAAAACAUGUUCCACAAUAUUAGCCGCUAGGUAAAUUCAAGUAAAAUUCAAACUGAGAUGCUGGCACACUUACCAGAAUGGCAGAAAGUUUUAAAAAUAAUGAUAGGAUCAAGUGUUGGCAUACAUUCAGAGAAUGUCCACCUCCUUAUUUCAUUCAGCUGUCUAUAUACUCAGCACUCUUCCAAGAGUUCUUUUUAUUCUUUUAAAUUCAUUUUUCUGAGAUAAAAAUCUCCACUGUCAUGGAGGACAUUACUAUAGGAUUAAUACUUUUUAGAGGACAAAGAUUGUCUUGGUUUUUCCUGUUACUGGUGCUUUGGUGUUGGGAUUCGCACAUUUGGUGUUAGGUCAUUGAUUGGUUGAAUUAAUUAUUUGGUAUUUUUGCUCACCCUUGGUCUUCCAGAGAAACUUGCACUGUUCAAGGGGUACCAGAUUAUUGCUAACACCCCAUGGGAUAGGGGAUAUGCAGCAUCAGUGGGAUGCUGAGCUCACUAGAGUGACUGACAGGACUAGAGUCUCCCUGGAGUGCUUUCUUUACUGAUUUUUCCUGGGUGUGCUGUGAUGCUUGCCUGGGCAGUGAUGGAGUUGGAUCUUCCUGAGCAUACAGUCUUCAUUUCUACCUUCAGAUGGUUAGAAGAAAAGAGUCUGCACUACUCCACGGACCCACGUUCUCAUAGCCACCCUCACCCUUCAGCAGCUCAAGGCUGGUUCACUGAAGGAGUGACCACUGGGACCUCUCAGCCUCCAACUAGGUACAUCAUACUGAAUCUUCAGAAUGAAAAGAAAGACAGACAUCAAUAGGGAUGAAUGAACCACUCUUCAAUAAUAGUUAAACAAGAGAGGAGUAAGAAAACACCAAAUACUACAAAAUCCACAAAAUGAGAGGAAAUGAUAUACAUUUUUCAAUAAUAACUCUAAAUAUCAGUGGUCUUGAUUUUGCUUUCAAGAGGCACAUACUAGUAUAUUGGAUUAAAUGCCGGAUCUUUUUGUUAUUCUGAGAAACCACCUCACCAUAAAAGAGAAAUGCUACCCUAUUAGCUACUUUUCUAUCCUUUUGAAAACACCAUGACUGAAUCAACUUAUAGAUAGAAGGGGUUAUUUGGACUUAUGAGAAUCCAUCACCAUACAGCAGAGAAGUGUGGCACCAGGAAGAACCUGCUAGCUGGAGCAGCAACAGAGAGCUCGCAUCCUGAACCACCAACAAGAAGCAGGGAGCUCACAGGGAAAGGCACAAGACUUUGAAACCUAAAUCCCACCCACAGGGAUAUAGUUCUUCCAGCAAGGCCACAACUCCUAAACCUAGCCAAACAGUGUCACCAACUGGGGACCAAAUAUUCAGAAUGCCCGAGCCCGAGAAUAUAUGGGAGGGCGGUGGAUAUCGCAUUCAAACUAUCAUUCUUAGAGUUAAAGGAUGGUGGAAAAUGUAAUCCAAGCACAUUAGAACUAGAAAACAAGUAAGUCACUUGUUCUAAUAUCUAAAAAAAUUGAUACUAAGCCAGAAAUAAUCAUUUCAUAAUGACUUAGUAAAGAAUCCAUCAAGAGCACGUGGCAGUUCCAAACAGUCGGCAUAGAACAUGGGCAUACCUAAUUUUAUGAGACAAAUACUACUAGAGAUGAUUAACCCUGACAUGACAGUAAUGUGUGACUUCAGUACCCCACUCCCAUCCAGGCAAAAAAGGUAGGGGGCGGGAAGAGUACCUGAAUUAAAUGGCAUAAUAGACCAAAUGAACUUAAAGGUAUUGGCAAAGCAUUUCAUACAAAUACUUAAGAAUGAACAGCUCAUGAAACUCUCUAAAACGCGUGCGCGCGCGCACACACACACACACACCCCUACAUAGAGCAAAUCUUAACAUACAGGAAAAGUACAUAAUUCCUUGUAUUCUGUUUGAGCACAGUGGAAUAAAACCACAAGAACAUAGAACAUUCAGAAACUCAUGAUUAAACAACACAGCGCUGAGUGAGGAAAUCAAGAUCAGCAUUACAGUAUGCUGUGUCAUCUUGAGAACCAAGGCUGGAGUGAAAGAAGUCUUACAUUCAACACAGGCCAUCACAGAAACACCUCAAAUGCUUUUCAUGUUUGAGUUCAAAGUUUUGGUGAGUGCACAUUCAGAAACCUUUUCCUAUUACUGAAUUAGUGACUCCCACACAAUGUCAGUCAUGUGACUCCACAUGGAAUCAAGCCCACAGUUUAAGGAGGGUGGGGAGGAUCUGGGAGGAGAUAAAGGAAGGGAAAUUAUGACCAGAAUAUAGCAUAUAAAAGAAAUUUUUUUACAAGAAAAAGUGAAAGAAGGAGGAAGAGGAGACGGAGAAGAAGACAACGAUGAGAACAACAAAGUGGCAACUGACAUUUUAACUAAAGUUGGAGAAACGAGAACUCUUAAAAAAAAAAAAA